AUGUAUAAAAGGGAGUCUGAACUACCUAAAGUUAAAGCUGAAAACCCGUCCCUUGAACACAAGGCUGCCUUCAAGCUUGUCGCUGAGCGGUGGAAGAACAGUCCCGAAAACCCCAAAGUAUGUAAAAAGCCUUUUCCGUACUCUAUCUUUCGUCAUCAUUCCAAUGACGUCAUCGCGUUUGUACGAGUAUGA